CACCCUCUGCACCCCACCACCACCACCCCUGGGUGUUUGUCCUGAGAGCUGGGAGCAGACAGGGAGAGGAGGUGCAGAAGCCAGGGCUGCCCGAGGAGAAACGAUCCCCGCCCGGGAGACAAAGGAUAGCAGGGGAGGACAGAGAGGGACGAGGGAGCGCGGAGCAGCAGGAGAGCCACACAGCCGGGGAGCAGCAGCAGGAGGAGCGCUGACAUUUACUGCGGUUCGGCAGCCGAAGAUGAGCGCGUACACGGUGACUCUGAACGGCCCUGCGCCAUGGGGCUUCAGACUACAGGGAGGCAAGGACUUCAACAUGCCCCUCACCAUCUCCAGGAUAACUCCAGGCAGCAAGGCAGCCGGCGGCAGCCUGGCCCAGGGCGACAUCAUCUCAACCAUCGAUGGGGUCAGCACUGACGGGAUGACGCACCUGGAGGCCCAGAACAAGAUCAAGUCAGCCACAACCAAACUGUCACUCACCAUGCAGAAGUCAAGACGUCCCGCACUAGUUCCCACAGCAACAACGAGAGUGGACUCACCAAUGCCAGUCAUCCCCCACCAAAAGGUCAUUGCAAACACAGCUGCAAAUAUGGAGUAUGCUCCCAGCUUCAACCCCAUAGCUCUGAAAGACUCAGCCCUGUCCACCCACAAGCCCAUUGAGGUGAAGGGUCCCGGGGGCAAGGCCACCAUCGUUCACGCCCAGUACAACACACCGAUCAGCAUGUACUCUCAGGACGCCAUCAUGGAUGCCAUUGCAGGACAGUCGCAGGCCAAGGGACACGAGGGUGAGGAAGCCGGCUCCCCCUUGGCUGGAGUCCUGCCAGUUAAGGACCCGGUGGUGGACUGUGCCUCUCCGGUGUACCAGGCGGUGAUCAGGCCAAAUGAAACGAACCCGGAAAUGUCCGAGUGGGCUCGCCGUGCCGCCAACCUGCAGUCCAAGAGCUUCAGGAUGCUGGCCCACAUCACGGGCACCGAAUACCUGCAAGACCCCGAUGAGGAAGCCCUGCAGAAAUCGAGAGAAAAGUUUGAGUCAGAGAUGAAGGGCCCCCGCUUUGCCAAACUGAAGAACUGGCACCACGGACUGUCUGCACAGAUCCUCAAUGUCCAGGAGUGAGGAGGAGAAGGAGGAGAACAUGACAAAGAAAGACAUGGACAAACACACAGGAGAAAAGAUGAGGAGGUGAUAAAUUACUGAGAAAGAGGUGGAGGAGUAAGGAGCUCCUCAGGAAUGUGGGUUAGUGUGGUAGCCUAGAUUAGUAGAAUGUGAGUUAUUAAUUGUUAGAGUGCAAUCUGUUCAUCUGUUAAUAAGCUCAAUAUUACCUGUACCUGUCCCAGUGUAUCUAUCGACUGCUAAGACCUGAUCUCACAUUUGGGUUUUUCUUUUUCCUUUCUUUCUUUCUUUCUUUCUUUUUUUUUUUCUUUUUUCUUUUUUUUUUUUUUUUUGCGGUCCUAUCUCUCUUAAAUAAAGAGAAUUGUACAAAAUAGUAUUCAGGUGAAACUGUAAAACUGAUCAUUUAACUUUUACGUCCCAGUACAUACACCACAUGAACACAGCGCAUGCUUGUGAGAAGGCACACAUAUAGACAUAUGCAC